CUGGGUGCCUAAGGUAAUUAAAUCAAACAUCAGAAUCCCCUGCCCACGGGCGAUCGAGCUUUUCAAGCUGCAAAUCGGAGCUCCGGGGGGCAUCAGCACAAGGGGGAGGAAGAGCGCCAUGUUGCAGUUCCCGGCGUACUCGAGGAUAAUUCCGUCGUCGUUCCUGCUGCCGUCGCAGUGGCCCCAGCCUCAGAACGAAGAGAUUCUCCUCGCCAUGGAGGAAGCGGAUUAUGAGGAAAAGUUAAAUGAAAUCAGGAAGAUCGACAACAACCUCACCGUGGUUGGGCAGACUACUGCCCACGUAGACAAGGAAGACUACGACAACGAUGCUGAUGAUGAUGAUGCUGAUAAUGCAGAGGAGUCCGAGGGCGAUGAGUUUGAGCAGGAAACGGUUUGACGCUGAUGACUACCCUCAAGUUUGAUCUUUUCCAUCUUGCACCUUCUCUUGCAGCUUGACAGAUACAUAUAUGCAUCUUGUAGGUUUCUCAGGCACUGGUAUUUCUUCUUGUCUCUGCUGUGCCUGUAAUAUAUUGACUUUGUUCCGUUUCUUUCUGGCAUCAAUUCAGAGUUUCAGUUUUGUCCUGUGAUACUCGGUCGGUGUCGCCGCUCAAUGUCAGUUAUCAGUUCCAUGUACAAUUCUGGCCUGAAUAAUCUAUUAUUGGGUGCGAUUGGACCAA